AGAGAAGUUAAUAUGGAUCAAGGACACCACAUCACCAGUGAAAUGGAAAUUGGUUUAGUGCAAGGAAAGAACUGUUGACUGCAAAGCAUGGCGCGCUAUAAAAACCUUUGGGUAUGUUUGAAUCAGCAUCAGUCGAAAGCUGACAAUCACCCAAACAACUUUGAAAAUUGCGGAUCAGAAAAAUUUUGAGAUGUUGAACAUAAAAACUGUGUUGUGUUUGGCAGCCGUGUUGGUUGCAGUAAUGGCCGAGCCUGAACCUCAACAUUACCCCAAUACUUUCUUUCCUCCACCAACUUCUUACCCUAAACCAGAAUACCCCGAACGAGCUCCAGCGUACCCCAAACCUUCCUAUCCUACUCCAGCACCAGCCUAUCCAAAACCAACUUACUCUACUACACCUGCCUACCCCAAACCAACUUACCCUACUACACCAACCUAUCCAAAACCAACUUAUCCUACUACACCAACCUACCCAAAACCAACUUACCCUACUACACCAGCCUAUUCAAAACCAGCUUAUCCUACUACACCAACCUACCCAAAACCAACUUACCCUACUACACCAGCCUAUCCAAAUCCAACAUACCCUCCUCCAGCCUACCCAAAGCCAGCAUAUCCUUCACCAGUGCCAACUUAUUACCCCAAGCCAUCCUAUCCCCAACCUGCAUACCCUGCACCUUAUAACCAAAAGUACGAGAGCGAAUACUGUGACUCUCGCAAGGCCCCCAAAUGCUCGAAAAACGGCACUCUGACCUUUUGCCUUGAGGAUUCUGAAUACCCCGAGAAAGAAGUCAAGUACGCCAUCGAUUACGACCCUAUUAUUUUGAAGAAAUAUGCUGAUGUUGCAGAACAGUCGGCUGACAACUUGGUCGAUGGUCUGACAUCUUUAGCCGAGAAACAUUUCGACUAUUCUGAUUACCACGGCAACACCUUCGAAAAGGGCAACUGGGUUGGUGGUGAAGGAUACAUCUGCCCCAGUGAUGUCCUUUACGCCCGCCCUGUCCGCGCAAUCAAUGCCGAAGGUGAGUGGCGCGUCAUCGUCCAAGAAAUGGCCUGGCCCGGAUACACUCAGACCCAGCGCACCGAGACUUGUUUGUUCCCCGGCUCAUCUUGCCGCACGUUGGCACCUUGCUAUCAGAGCAAAUGCUUGCAAAAAUAUGUCUACCAGCGGAUGCUUUCCUUUGAUCCAUGUGAUCCCCAGAAGGGAAUCUUCAUUGACAUCUACAAGUUACCAUCGGCCUGUUCGUGUCACAUUUCAGCUUAAAUUCUUACGAAUCAGUAACGAUCCUUCAACAUCCCUCUUCCAAAUUUUAACAAUGGAUACUUCAUAACGAAAAUAAUUUAAAUAAUUUGAGGUCUGAUAAAUAAAAUCAGUUU